AUGCCACCGGGUUGUGAGCUCGGAGAUGACGAAAUAGGGUCUUCCACAGCGGAGCUUGUGAUCGUAGGAGGAUCAGUGAUCAGCGGUACUGAAGACGAACGAGAAGAAGAAGGCGGUGGAGGGUCGAGAAUAGAGCUGAUGCCACCCCCAAUGACUGAGGUGAGAGUAUCAAUAAUGCCACCGCUGCGAGACGACGUAGGUUCAGGUUCUGGCGCGGACGUGAUUACUGCGGACGAGGAUGCUGAUGGCGUAUCCGGGUCUUCAACUGCACUCGAAGGUGCUGAAGAUGCUGAGGAACUCGGGGGCGCAGGUAGAAGAAUCGAAGUCACGUCUCCUAUGACUGACGUGACCCCUCCAAGUGCUGAUGUGAUCGGGUCGAGAAUGCCACCGCCUCGAGUAGUCGUUGGCGUGGCGGAUGAGGUCGAUUCAGCCUCAGAGACUGCAGUUGUACUCGAUUCGCUGGCGGACGUCGGUGGCGUAGAUGGAGUGGAUUCGACCUCGGACGAGCUUGAAGGCUGUACGGACGAAGAUGUUGACACGGGGGGCGGUGGCAAUAAUAUGGACGUUACAUCGCCGAUUACUGAUGUGAUGCCACCGAGUCCCGAGGUAAUUGGAUCUAGAAUCCCACCUCCUCGUGUAGUUGAUGGCUCUAUCGAUGAUGAAGUCGAAAUGGAGCUGCUCGAAGUCAAGGAAGCGCUAGACAGCGACGAAGACGGCUCUUGGCUGCUGGUCGAUGAAGAAACAGAACUUGAAGAUACAGAAGAUAUAGAAGGGGAUACACUAGGGGUAGAAAGUGAGGCCGAUGAUGAGACUACGGAACUAGAGGAAACAGACGAAAUGGAAACAGACGAUGAUGGGGUAGAUGAUGAUGUGAGUGAUGUCGUUGGCUCGACUGAUGUCGGCGGUAGAAUGGCGGUCACGUCUGGCAAUGAUGAAGGGGAGCUUAUUCUCGGUGGAGAAGGCUCAUCGUCGUCCUCGUCGUUACCCAGAAUAGACGAGACUACCUUGGCUACGGACCCACAAAUUCAGUCCCCUUCGUUCCUCUUCAUCGAAAGAAAGAAAGACACUCACGCAAGUUCAAGUCAAGAUUGA